GAGAGCUGAGCCACCUGGUGGUCACGCAGUCCCCACUGCUCCCCUCUCCAUAUCAUUGUCUGCAUGGUAUGGCACAGGGAUGUGCAUACAUAUGCUAGGCAAGAGCAGAGCCACGGGGGCAGGUACGCACUCACAACUACACAAGAGCUCUUGCAGAAUUGCACCAGUCUUCCAAAUCUGCAAUCUAUAUAGCCUCUAGCAUUUGCUACCUUAAGCUGUUUCUCUAAUCCAAGCAGACUACCAUCCUCCCAUUUCCUAUCCGUCUACCCAUUUGAAGAAGGGUUAUGGCCAGUGGUUGCCCCACAACUACCUCAAGCUCCCUUCUCUUCUUCUUCCUCCUCUCUUGCAUGCUUAUCAGCCAUGCUCUUUGCAACCAAGGUUACCAUGGCAGCACCUCAGAUGCAGAUUAUGAGGAACAACAUUACCAGGGACUGCCUGAAGAACAUAUAGACUUGCAAGAGAACAUGAAGGGUCCAAACAAGGAGAAACUGCCCAAGUAUGCAAGGAGAAUGCUGAUUGGUUCAAUAGCUCCAAUAUGCACGUACAACGAGUGCAGGGGUUGUAGAUUCAAGUGUACGGCGGAGCAAGUUCCGGUGGACGCAAAUGACCCUAUGAAUAGUGCCUACCAUUACAAGUGUGUCUGCCACAGGUGAUCACUAAUAAUUAUUAGGAGUUUCUAUGUUAUGAUAUUUCUUGGUAGAGAGUAGUAGUUCUUCAUUUUUCCUCUUUUUUUCCUUCUAUUCUCUUUCUCUGUUAAAAGGGCUUCACUUUUUCCUUCUUCUUUCUUACAAGAGGUUAGCUAGUAGCAAACUGGAGGGGCAUUUUGUACUUUAAGAUGUUUGGCUCAGUUUGUGAACUAGUAAUUUUGGGAGAAAAAUGGACUGAAAUUUUGAAAUCCGAAGAGCAGCUUAGUUGUGCA